AUGUUUUAAGGAAAAUUGAAUCAGAAAAGAAUGAGUUUUCUGCUUCUGUAUUUUUUUUAAUUUCAAGUAAAGUUGAAAAUUUAUUUUAUUUUCCCACGUUCAUUAUGUCUCGAAAAUAUGUUGAAUACAGAAGAAUAUUUAUUCAAAAAGGUGUUAUGCAUAUUGAAAAAGAUGAAUUAUAGUAACAAGUUCUUAGAAAUAUAAGGGCAAAAAUGAUUGAAAAGUUGAAUUUAUUACACACACACUUAGCUACGAUGUCUGCCUUACUUAAUGUCGUUGCUAUUGGUAUUAUGUCAGUGUUUUCAGCAACAGCAAGCAUUGACAUGAAAGCGCCUGGUAGUAGAUUUCCAAAUAUCACUAAUAACCAAAUAACCUGGAUAGCAAGUCUUCCAAGUAUCACUGCUACGUUUGGAAACUUCUUUUCUGGAUAUCUUUCAUUGAAACUAGGAAGAAAAGCUGUACUGAUGUACGUAUCUUUUCCAUUUCUAUUAAGCUGGUUAAUGAUAGCAUAUGCGCCAUCCUUAUCCUGGAUCUAUGCAGGUCGACUUCUAUCUGGAUUUUGUUCAGGACUUUGCUCCGUGGCUAUUCCAGCAUACAUUAUAGAAAUUGCCACAAUUGAAAUACGAGGACUACUAGGGUCAUGUUACCAAGUUUCUUACACAAUUGGAGUAUUAAUUGCAAUGUCUUUCGGAUUAUUCUUUAGAUGGUCAUGGCUUGCUAUUAUAGGAGCUCUGUUCGUUGCAUCGGCAUCCUGUAUGAUGCUCAUGAUGCCAGAAUCUCCAGCAUGGUUGAUUGCCAAAGGUAAAAAAGAAGAGGCUAUUGAAGUGACGUAUUUUUUGAAAGGAAAAAAUAUUGAUUCAAAUAAAGAAUAUAGCAAGCUACUGGAUCAUGUUGUAGAACAACAUCAAAAUUCUGUUUCAUUACAUGAUUUUAAAGAGCCUCAAUUAUAUAAACCAAUUGCACUGGCAGUUGGCUUAGUAUUUUUUCAACAAUUUUCAGGAGUCAAUGCCCUAAUGGCAUACACAGUAGAAAUAUUUGAACACGCGGAAAGCUCUGUAGAUCCUUCAAUAGCAGCUAUCAUUAUCGCUAGUGUGCAAGUCAUUGCUACCAUGAUAGGUAGUGUGUUGGUUGACAAAGUUGGACGUACAACUUUAUAUAUUAUCUCAGGAAUAUUUGUUUCCCUAGGAUUAUUCAUAUUGGGUAUAAAUGGCAUUGUGGCAGAAAAUGUCAAUUUAUCUCCAGAAAUCUAUGGUUGGAUUCCUCUCAUUGGAUUCAUUAUCUUUGUGGCUUCAUUUUCACUGGGGUAUGGACCGAUUCCUUAUCUUAUGACACCUGAAUUUGUUCCAUUGCAUAGCAGAACUGCAGUAUUGGCAAUUGCGGGUGUGUUUUCGUCACUUUUUUUGUUUAUAGUAACAAAAACUUUUAAUGAUUUUAGAGAUUUUCUUUCGGAUUAUGGUAUUUAUUGGGUUUAUGGGAUUUUCUCACUCUUAGGCUGCUUGUUUUGCUGGAUUUGUUUACCAGAAACUAAAGGUAAAUCUAUAAAUGAAAUACAACAAUCUUUCAAAAACUUUGACAUUAAUCCUAUAAAUGAUACAGAUGCUAGUAAUGACAGUAUCAGUUAAUAUGGAUAUGUAAAUGUUGAAUUUUAGAUAGUCAUUGUUGAAUUCUAAUUAUAA